CAGCAAGGGCUUGGAACGCCUCAAAGUUGCAUGAUGCUCCGGAUCCGCUAAAACUUUCAUCUUUACUUUUUAUUAAAUAUUUACUAAAAAUUUUAUGUGGAACGGGAUUUCCAGACACCUUGGCCAAACAGUUUUAUCCCAGGCCUUACACUAACGUAUAAUCCACUUAUUCCAAUUAAAUUAUCACUACUCAACCAGUUAAAUUAUUUUUACCUGAAUUUUACUGAUUAAUAUUUAGACAGAGUGAAAAAAAUUCAAAGAUUUGAGAGCCGAAAUUGCGAAAUGAGCAGUUGACAAAAUUUGAAUCGGAGAAUAAAAGUGUAAAGAAUUGAAAAAUGUGAAAAGGGAUUAGUUUUAAAGUAUGAACGUGUUUGAAAAAUUAUAAUUGGUUACGUGAGGGUUUUGGCGCGGAUCUAAAAAAUUUGCCAAGGGUGUGUUGGAGUAAUUUCUGAUUAAAAUUUUUUUACUUUUAAUUUUAUGUUUUAUUUGUGGUUUAGUUAACUUUUAGUUUAAAAGGCUUGAGUGACAAUGGCGUUAAAUAACGGAAUUCCAAACGACAGUUUGAAGUAUUUGCAUCUGCUGAAGCCGAUUAUCCUGGACAUUAAGACUGAGACUUCCACUGACCAGUUCCGGUACACCGAGGACGAGGAGAAGCGUAGCUACAGAUGCUACAAGGGCUUCGCAAUUAGAAGACUGAUCGACUCUUCUGAGGGCGGGGAAGUCCCAGUGUUAAUGUGGGAGGCGAGUAAUCCAAGCCACUACGCAGUUGAAAUCUUAAAGUUCGGCACUUCUCUAAAGACGAGAGAAGUUUGCCUAUCACUGGUAAACGGCGACUUCAGGAUCUUCGCAAAGAAGAAUAACCUCUGGCUCAGGAAUGAUAAAAUCACUCUUGACAUUAGCAAAUGCUACACUUCAAACGAGUUUGAGUUUGAUAUUCUAGGCUCAGACACCUCUAAAACAAGGUACACCGCGCUGGAAUUCGAAACCAUUUUAAACACCGGCUACUACAGAAACUACGUCGCCACAUACAAUCACCUGUUUAACAAGAUUAUCGACUCGGUUGAUAACGACGGACUGGGAACUGUCAUUUGGGAAGCUAACAACCCCUUCGAGUGCGCCAAGGACGUGUCGUUCUAUAACAGAAAUGACAAGAAAUACCUCGGGAUCCUACUGGUGAAUUAUAAUUACCUACUCUUCAAAUGGUCCACAAAGAGUAAAAACUGGACCAACAUCACCGAUAACAGAGUUAACCUCAGCAACUUCAAGUACAGAACCGAUGUCGAAAGCGUAUACAAUUAUAUACAAGAUAUUUCCCUCAACUAUUCUGUCUCACUCUAUUAUCUCAGGUAUUGCAUCUGCUUCACCAAUCCAAAUAACUCCGACAGAAUUGCCGACAGAUUUUCCGAGAGAAUUUCUGACAGAUAUUCCGACAGAUUUAAUAAUUCUGACAGAUAUUCAGACAGAUAUGCCAAUUCCGACAGAUUCUCGGGAUCUGACAGAUUGGGACCAGAACGACAUGGUAUUAGGGAAAAAAUACUGGCCAAGUGUUUGAUAUAUGACUUGGUGAAGAACACGAUUAAGAUCCGUUUUACGAAUGGUAAAUCGGUGUCGGUUGACUUGGACGACACGGAGAUUAAGCUUUACCUUGAAAAUACUAUACCAAAGUCUAAAAGGGUAAAGUAUGCGAGUUGGCCGGAGUCACACCAGGAGUACCCGAAGCCGUUGGAGAAAAGCGGAAAGCCGAUAACUCUUGACAUUAACGACAGCAGUGACAAGCAUAAAAAUUGCUAUAAAUUUGGCGAGAUUAGUAAAUUUGAGUGUAAAAAGGGGUUCAAAUUUACGAAAAUCAUAGAGUCCUCCGAGGAGUCGAAUUUACUAAUUUGGAGCUCUGAAAACAACGAGUUUACCAAGCAAGUCGUGGUGGUAAAUGACAUCACAAAGUAUAUUAUCACCCUGGUUAACAAUUCCAAGUGCCUGGUAUUCAGAUUCUCCGAGGAGCAGACCUGGGAGAAUAUCAGUCACCUGGGCAUAGACUUGGCAAAGUUCAAGUUUUAUGACAAGAACUACAAUCCCAUUGACACUUCCACUGGGAAUUCCACUGGCAGUUCCACUGGAAAUUGCACUGACGGUUCAGGCUUUGAAACUUGCAUUAGAAGCUGUGACUUGAUUAUUACUUUUAAUGUUGAGUGCCACAUGGUUGAGUACCAAAACACUAAACUCUGGAGCCUCAGCGAGAACUCAGACUAUGAAAAAUUGAACCUUAUUUGCAUUAACCUGCUGAUACACAGGCUCAAUCUCUUCUUCAUUAACCAAACCGUACGCAGGUUCAUCAUCAACGAUUCCAACAUCACAUUCAUCUCAGAAGAUAUCUCCUCAUACUCACACAAUACCCUAAUGUCCUAA